UUGAAAUUCAGAGACAUGGACGUUUAGGUUUAGGAAAACAUAGUAAAUUAAUAAAUAAAGAAGAUAAUUACAACGCGAGACGACAGCACAGUCAAGGUAAAUUUAAGAAAAUGAUGUUUGAAGAUAAUGAUGAGGAGGAAGACGUAGAAAGCGAAGAUGAUAAUAAUGACAUGAGACGGCAACAUGGUCUAGGUCAACAUAAGAAGAUGGUGUAUGAAAGUGAACAGGAAGACGAUGAAAACUACCCCGACGAUGAAGACGUUAUAGUUCAAUACGGAUCUGGGAAACACGCUAAAAAUUUGCCUGAUCGCGGUGCUAAGAGAAUGCGAGAUACUGAGGAUAGUGACGAGGACGAUGAAAAGGAUUUCAACGAAAUGGAUGUAAGAGAGCUAUGCGUUAUUCGGAAAUUAAAUGAUAAAUUUAAUAAAAAAUUUAACAUGUUUGCGAGCGAUCAUUUGAUUUCAUUAAUAGGUUUAGAUGAUGUGAGAGUUAUUGAAAUUUUGCCUUUGCUUGAUAGAAUUCUUGAUUUUGUUUUAGAUAGUAUUUUGGUAAAUGUUCAACCGCAUGAUAUGGUCAGGUUCGUUAUUAGAGCGAAUGGAUUAGAUGUCCCAAUUUCCUUACCAUUUAUGAUGAGGGAACGAAUUACUCCUGAAAUAAUUUUUGCGGCUAUUUCUAAAGUCCUUCAGUCUCACAUGAACAUUUUAGUGGGGGACGAUUUACAAUUUAAUAUUUUACAUAUUCCUAUGCCUAUUGGUGGUGGUAAUCAUUUUAAGAAGGGUUUAGAUAAAGCUGUGGGGGGUUCCCGAUGUUUGAUUCGAAUUAAAGACGAAAACGAUGAAAACGUUUGCUGCUCUAAAGCCAUUGUUACGGGUAUUUCGAUGUUAGAAGACAAAAUUAAUAAUAAAUCUAGAUGGGAAAACAUUAGACAGGGUAGAUAUUAUCAGGAACAUGAGGCUGAACAAUUAUUACUAAGGGCUGGUGUAGAUAAGGGAGUUUGUGGGAUAAGUGAGCUUAAACGUUUUCAGGAUGUCCUGCCCGAAUAUCAAAUCAUUGUGAUUUCUCGAGACAAUCUUCACUCGGUAAUUUUUAGUGGUGAACAUAGAGAAAAACAGAUUUAUUUAUUCCAUCACGAUAAUAAUUACGAUUUAAUAACAAAACUAACAGCCUUUUUUGAAGUCAAAUUUUUUUGUAACCUCUGUUUUAAGGGUUAUAAUAACAAAUUUUAUCAUAAUUGUAAGUUUGUGUGCGAGUUAUGCCUCUCACACGAGUGCAUUCCUUCUAUAGACCCCUCUACCGUCGUCAAAUGUAAUGAUUGCUUACGUUCAUUUAAAAAUCAAAAAUGCUUUGAUAACCAUAGAACCGCUAAACAAGGUAGAGUAACCCUUUGCGAUUCAAAGAAACUUUGUAAAACCUGUAAUCGCUAUAUUAAAAAGGGUCAUAAAUGCAGUGAAUAUGUAUGUAGAGUUUGUAUGACGACGGUAGAGACGGGUCAUCUCUGUUACAUGAAAAAGGUGGUUGAAAAGAAAACUAACAAAACUAACAAGGUAGAUAAGAAGACUAUAGAAAAAUAUUUCUUUUUCGAUUUUGAAUGUACUCAAGAAACAGGGGUUCACCAUCCUAACUUAUGCGUCCUUCAAAAAAGCUGCCUAAAUUGUAUUAACAAUGAUAAAGAUUCUGAUCAAUGCGAAAUUUGCGGGGUUAAAACCAAAAUUUUCUACGGCGAGGAUUCAUGCUAUCAAUUUUGCGAAUACUUAUUUAAACAGUAUCCGUAUAACCAAAAUGUUACAUGUAUUGCUCAUAACUUCCAAGGGUACGAUAGUUACUUUAUCAUGCAAUAAUUACACUCUUACGGUGUUAUUCCGGAAGUUGUUUCUAGGGGCGGAAAAUUAAUUUCGAUCAAAGUUAAGGAUACAUCGAUUCGAUUUAUUGAUUCGCUUUCUUUCCUUCCUAUGCCCCUAUCAAAAUUACCUAAAACGUUCGGUAUCAAAGAAUUAAAGAAGGGCUACUUUCCCCAUAGGUUCAAUAGGAUCGAAAAUAAAGAUUAUGUGGGCUCUUACCCCGAUGUAUCUAUGUACGAUCCCGAUAAGAUGUCAGAAUCGGCCAGGGGUGAUUUUCUCGCUUGGUACAAUCAGAAAAAAAACGAAGUAUUUAACCUCAGACAAGAACUCAUUGAUUACUGCAUAAGUGAUGUAGACAUUUUAAGGCGAUGUUGUUUAUCGUUUAGACAUAUUUUUAAGCAAGUUACCACGCUUAACGAUGGUAAGGAUAAAGAAGGAGUAGAUCCAUUCUCUAACGGUUUAAUUACCAUAGCUUCAGCCUGCAAUUAUGUGUUUGCUAGGAAUUUUUUACA